CGGGCCGGGCGGGGGCGUGGACUCCACCCACUCAGGUACUGGGGGCUGAAGGUGGGGUUAGCGUCAUGAGCGUCUUAGAGGCGGCGGCUGCUUCAGACCUACUGUGUCUCCAGUGAGUCGGCGUUCGAGUUUCCUCGGUGCGACUGGGACCCGGGAGUGAACGAAGAGGAUAACCUCUCUGAAGAAGGGCUCGUCGCCGUUCACUCCCACACAGAGCCCCCUAAUUAUUUUGGAGGCCCUGCUUUCCAGACGCAAGCACAGUUGCUUUACUUGUGAAAAGCGGUUCAUUAACAGAAGAGUACUGAGAAGACUAAAGGUGGCUUCAGAGAUUCUCAAGGUCAUUUUGAACAGGCCAUGGGCAAUCAGGACCUCCCUGGAGUUCUGGUGUCUGAUCUUGAAGGACCACAUGGUAUAUGUGAAGAUCAUGUUGAAGACCUGAAGAGACACUUUAAUCUCAUUACCAUGCAAGACUUUUUGGAAAGUAAAGCACAGCUGGGUCCCAAGAUCCAAGCUGUGUACAUCUGGGGUGGAAGGCCAGCCGUCAGCCAGGAGCUCCUGCACAGCCUGCCCUCCUUGAAGAUCGUGGCCAGCGCAGGGGCAGGGCUGGACCACCUGGACCUGGGGCUCGUGGCCAGCUUUGGUGUGAAGGUGGCCAACACACCACAUGCUGUCUCUAGCCCCACAGCAGACCUGGGGAUGGCCUUGCUGCUUGCCGCAGCUCGGAGAGUCGUGGAAGGUCAUCAGUUGGCUGUUUCACCACAUACAGAGAACUUUCCUACAGACUAUAUGGGUCAACAAGUGACAGGGGCCACUCUGGGAAUUAUCGGCAUGGGCAAUAUUGGCUAUAAGAUUGCUCAAAGGGCCAGAGCAUUUGAAAUGAAGAUUGUCUAUCACAAUAGGAAACGCAGAAAAUUGGAGGAGGAAGAAGCUGUUGGGGCCACUUACUGUGAGAGGCUGGAUGACCUCCUUCAGUGGUCGGACUUUGUGAUGUUGGCUGUGAGCCUGACGCCACACACUCAGGGCCUGAUCGGGAAGCGGGAGCUGAGGUUGAUGAAGCCCACUGCCAUCCUCAUCAACAUCGGCAGAGGUCUGCUAGUUGAUCAAGACGCCCUGGUGGAAGCCCUUCAGACCGGGCUCAUUAAGGCGGCAGCGCUGGAUGUGACAUACCCAGAGCCCCUGCCCAGAGAUCAUCCUUUAUUGAAGUUGAAGAACGUCACUCUGACACCUCACAUUGGAAGUGCAACUCAUCAAGCAAGACGACAGAUAAUGGAAAAUUUGGUUGAAAGCAUCCUGGCUUCUCUCAGUGGCCUUCCUAUUCCUAACGAAGUGCUGCUUAAAUGAUUUAUGUGAGUUAAGAGUUCAGUGGGAUGGAAACAGCAGAUUAAAUGGGAAAGAA